CGCGCUCCGGGCUGGGAAUCCCAGCGCUCCGGCCACUGCGCCCCUGGGGGCACCCAGCAGCUUUGUUCUUGGGCAGCAGCUGGGCUGGCUGCCGCCGCUGCAUUUCUCCCCGGGAAGUGUCUCCCUUUCCCUAUUUUUGUUUCUCCCACACUUUCUAGUUCAUCCUCUAAGUUUCAAGCCUUGCGUAUUUACGGUAUUUAUUUAGCUAUUUGUUUUAAAACCAGCUCUCUCUCGGGACCCCUGGCCUGGGGGAAGCCCCCAGACUUGUUACUAACAAGUCUUGUCUAGGGAGUGAGUUUGUUCGAUUUUGGGGGGAAGGGGGCGUGGGGUUGCCGGCAGGUGACCCCCCCUCAGGAGGGGGCUGCCGAGGCUGGCGUCUUCUCCUGGCUACUGCUUCUAGUGCACCCGGCCCUGGACGGAACCCCAGCUGGCAUUCCGCUGAGCUCCUUCCCUCUCAGGAAAUGCUCCGGUAGACCCAAAGGGUGUCUCUUCCUGGCCAAGAAAUGCUUGUCCCCAAGCACAAGAGAGCUGUGGUCAGCCUCCGAGGGAACACUGUGGCCUGCCUUCUCUGGAUGCUGCUGCUAUGGAGUGGGGACAGUGGCUGUCAGGCCCAGAGGGCAGGUUGCAAAACUGUCCACUAUGACCUGGUCUUCCUCUUGGACACCUCCUCCAGCGUGGGCAAGGAGGACUUUGAGAAGGUCCAGCAGUGGGUGGCCAACCUGGUGGACACCUUCGAGGUGGGCGCCGACCACACCCGCGUGGGGGUCGUACGCUACAGUGACCAGCCGACGACGGCCUUUGAGCUGGGCCACUUCAGGUCACGGGAGGCAGUCAAAGCGGCUGCGCGGCGCCUGGCCUACCAUGGUGGCAACACCAACACAGGGGAUGCUCUGCGGUAUAUCACCCGUCACAGCUUCUCCCCGCAGGCCGGCGGCCGCCCCGGGGACCGCGCCUUCAAGCAGGUGGCCAUCCUCCUGACUGAUGGCCGCAGCCAGGACCUGGUCCUGGAUGCUGCGGCCACCGCCCACCGUGCAGGCAUCCGCAUCUUUGCCGUGGGCGUCGGGGAGGCGCUGAAGGAGGAGCUGGAGGAGAUCGCCUCGGAGCCUAAGUCGGCCCACAUCUUCCACGUGUCUGACUUCAAUGCCAUCGACAAGAUCCGGGGCAAGCUGAGGCGCCGCCUGUGUGAAAAUGUGCUCUGCCCCAGCGUCCGUGUGGAGGGAGAUCGCUUCAAGCACAUUAAUGGCGGAACCAAGGAGAUCACAGGUUUUGACCUGAUGGACUUGUUCAGUGUGAAGGAGAUCCUGGGCAAGAGAGAGAAUGGAGCGCAGAGUUCCUAUGUCCGGAUGGGAGCCUUCCCCGUGGUGCAGAGGACCGAGGAUGUGUUCCCACAAGGUUUGCCUGAUGAGUACGCCUUUGUCACAACCUUCCGGUUCAGGAAAACAUCUCGGAAAGAAGACUGGUACAUCUGGCAGGUCAUCGACCAGUACGGCAUCCCGCAGGUGUCCAUUCGGUUGGACGGUGAGAACAAGGCAGUCGAGUACAACGCCGUGGGCGCCAUGAAGGAUGCUGUCAGAGUGGUUUUCCGCGGUCCCCUGGUCAACGACCUCUUUGACCGGGACUGGCACAAGAUUGCCCUGAGCAUCCAGGCCCAGAAUGUCUCCCUCUAUGUCGACUGUGCGCUGGUGCAGACGCUGCCCAUCGAGGAGAGGGAGAACAUCGACAUCCAGGGGAAGACUGUGAUCGGCAAGCGCCUCUAUGACAGCGUGCCCAUCGAUAAAAUUUGGAAAAUAAGUGAAAAUCAUCCUCAUUCCACCAACCAGGGAUCAAAACUGUUUGAUCUACAGCGGAUCGUGAUUUACUGUGACUCCCGACACUCAGAAUUGGAGACUUGUUGUGACAUCCCCUCGGGCCCGUGCCAGGUGACAGUGCUGAGAGAGCCUUCACCCCCGCCGCUACAACCUCCCACCGCCGGCAGUGAGCAGAUCGGGUAUUUGAAGACAAUCAACUGCUCCUGCCCAGCUGGAGAAAAGGGUGAAAAGGGCUCUGAUGGCCCCGCAGGGCUCCCCGGCCCAAAGGGAGACAUGGGAGCCACUGGGCUGGUUGGAGCUCCUGGACCCAAGGGAGAGAAAGGCGACGUGGGCAGAGGACCUUUUGUCCAAGGAGAAAAGGGUGAAAAGGGUUCCCUGGGCCCGCCUGGUCCCCCUGGGAGAGACGGCAGCAAAGGCAUGCGGGGGGAGCCAGGAGAGCCGGGGCUACCUGGAGAGGUGGGCAUGCGGGGAUCCCAAGGACCACCUGGGCUUCCCGGACCUCCUGGACAUGUUGGAGCUCCUGGUCUCCAAGGAGAACGAGGUGUAAAGGGAGCCCGAGGAGAAAAGGGGGAGCGAGGUCUGGAUGGAUUCCCCGGGAAGCAGGGAGAGACAGGAGAGCAGGGAAGACCUGGCCCUCCCGGUGCAGCGGGGCCCCAGGGAGAGAAGGGUGAUGUGGGGCCUGCAGGACCUCCUGGUGUACCAGGCUCUGUGGUGCAGAGAGAAGGCCUGAAGGGUGAGCAGGGAGCUCCAGGACCACGAGGUCACCAGGGUCCACCUGGGCCCCCAGGAGCUCCAGGUCCAACGGGUCCAGAAGGCAAGGAGGGACCUCCUGGUUUGCAAGGUCUCCGAGGGAAGAAAGGUGAAGUGGGCCCAUCUGGACUCCCUGGACCACUGGGGCUGCAGGGCCCUCCAGGACCACCGGGAGUCCCAGGACCCCCUGGACCCGGAGGCCCCCCGGGUUUACCUGGAGAGAUCGGCUUCCCGGGAAAACCUGGGUUCCCUGGGCAGGCGGGGCCGCCUGGAAAGGAUGGGCUGAAUGGACCCCCAGGCCUGCCAGGACCCAAGGGAGAGCCAGGAGAAAGAGGAGAAGAUGGUCUGCCGGGAAAACCUGGGCUUCGGGGUGAAGUUGGGGAGCAGGGCCUGGCAGGCCGACCUGGAGAGAAGGGAGAGGCCGGGCUCCCUGGUGCUCCAGGAUUCCCAGGUGUGAGGGGAGAGAAAGGAGAGCAAGGAGAGAAAGGUGAACUGGGCCUCCCAGGACUGAAAGGUGACCGAGGGGAAAAGGGUGAAGCUGGUCCAGCAGGACCCCCUGGCUUACCUGGAACUACAUCCCUGUUCACCCCACACCCAAGAGUGCCAGGAGAACAAGGGCCAAAAGGAGAGAAGGGUGACCCUGGCGUGCCUGGGGAACCGGGAUCACCGGGCCGUCCUGGAGAAUUAGGGCCUCGGGGGCCCACUGGACCGCCGGGUGCCAAGGGACAAGAAGGUGCACAUGGGGUGCCCGGACCAACUGGAAACCCUGGCGCUCCUGGACCUGUGGGUUCCCCUGGUCCCAGUGGCCCCCCAGGAAGUGUGGGCCCCCCUGGCGUCAGAGGCCCCCCUGGGAAAGAUGGGGAGCGGGGUGAGAAGGGAGCAGCAGGUGAAGAAGGGAGCCCAGGGCCAGCUGGCCUCAGGGGCGAUCCUGGUGCUCCUGGGCUCCCUGGGCCACCCGGAAAAGGGAAAGAUGGAGACCCGGGACUUCGUGGACCACCUGGAUUACCUGGACCUCUAGGAAGCAAGGGGGACCGAGGUGCACCUGGGAUACCUGGCUCUCCCGGCAACCGUGGCGACCCAGGCAUUGGGGUUGCUGGCCCUCCUGGCCCUUCUGGACCACCGGGAGACAAAGGACCUCCGGGGUCUCGAGGCUUACCUGGAUUCCCCGGCCCCCAGGGACCAGCUGGCCAGGAUGGUCUACCAGGAAAUCCAGGAGAAAGAGGACCUCCUGGUAAACCAGGCCCCUCUCCAUUCCUGUCUCCAGGGGACAUCAAUCUCUUGGUUAAGGAUGUGUGCAAUGACUGCCCUCCAGGCCCCCCAGGCCUCCCUGGUCUGCCAGGUUUUAAAGGGGACAAAGGUCUCCCAGGAAAGCCAGGGAGAGAAGGCCCAGAAGGGAAAAAGGGAGAUGCUGGUCUCAGAGGCCUCCCAGGGGCCCCUGGAGUAGCUGGCCCACAGGGAAGUAAAGGAGAGCGUGGUGCAGACGGUGAGGUUGGACAGAAAGGUGAUCAGGGUCACCCUGGAGUUCCAGGUUUCAUGGGGCCCCCAGGGAACCCUGGGCCACCAGGAGCAGGUGGAAUUGCAGGAGCUGCUGGACCACCAGGAAUCCAAGGACCACCGGGAAAAGAAGGUCCUCCUGGCCCCCAAGGCCCAUCUGGAUUACCUGGAAUCCCAGGAGAAGAAGGCAAAGAGGGCAGAGAUGGGAAACCAGGUCCCCCUGGAGAGCCGGGCAAAACAGGAGAGGCGGGUCUGCCAGGACCUGAGGGAGCCCGAGGUCCCCCCGGCUUCAAGGGACAUACAGGCGAUUCUGGUGCACCUGGUCCCCGGGGAGAGCCUGGUGCCAUGGGGCCCCCUGGCCAGGAAGGGUUACCAGGAAAAGAUGGUGACAUUGGACCCACAGGGCCACAGGGUCCCCAAGGAUUGAGGGGCCUACCGGGUAAGAAUGGAUCACCUGGAUCUCCAGGGGACCCUGGAACCCCAGGAAGCCCAGGCCAGAAGGGAAACAAAGGAGAAAAUGGCAGCCCAGGGCUCCCCGGCUUCCUGGGUCCCCGUGGUCCUUCGGGAGAGCCAGGAGAGAAAGGAGUCCCAGGCAAGGAGGGUGUUCCUGGGAGGCCCGGAGAAGCAGGACCCAAAGGAGAAAGGGGAGAUCCCGGGGUCAAAGGUGACAAGGGAGCUCCUGGUGGGAAGGGUCAGCCAGGGGACCCUGGGAUUCCAGGCCACAAAGGCCACACAGGCCUGACGGGCCCCCAAGGACCACCUGGAGAGAACGGACCAGCUGGACCCCCGGGGCCUCCAGGCCAGCCAGGAUUUCCAGGACUGAGGGGGGAAUCUCCAUCGCUGGACACUCUCCGGAGGCUCAUCCAAGAAGAACUCAGCAAACAGCUGGAAACCAAACUCGCCUACCUCCUGGCCCAGAUGCCCCCAGCGCAUGUGAAGGCAUCUCAAGGCAGACCUGGGCCCCCAGGACCCCCUGGAAAAGAUGGGCUUCCGGGCCGGGCAGGCCUGAUGGGGGAGCCAGGACGGCCCGGGCAGGUGGGUCUGGAAGGACCCUCUGGACCAAUAGGUCCGAAAGGGGAGCGAGGAGCCAAAGGUGACCCGGGUGCACCUGGAGUUGGCCUCCGAGGCGAGAUGGGGCCUCCUGGGAUCCCAGGUCAACCCGGGGAACCUGGCUAUGCUAAAGAUGGGCUUCCUGGGCAUCCCGGCCCUCAAGGGGAGACAGGACCAGCUGGACAUCCUGGGCCCCCUGGCCCACCUGGACCCCCUGGCCAGUGUGACCCCUCUCAGUGUGCCUACUUUGCCAACCUCGCUGCCCGACCUGGUAAUGUGAAGGGCCCCUAGAAGAUUCUGGAACACCAGGAGAUGGCGGUGGAUUUCUGAAACUUGAACUCAGAGCCUGAUGGGAAGCCAGAGGUCUUGAAACACUUCAGCCAUGUGUUUUUUCUUUCUUUUAUCAUUUGCUUUUGUUUAUUUUCUUGAGAGACCUCAAAAUUAUUAAAACCAACAGAUGCUGCCGGUCGGUCAGAUUAUUAUUAAUAUUAUUAUUAUUGUUAAUUAUUAUUAUUAUUAUUUCCUAUGAUAAUGCUUUGUGAGAUUUUUCCCCUCUCCUCUCAAGUUGGGAAAACUUGAUUUGUGGGACAGUGCAUUGUUUUUCUUGGUUCUUCUGACAGCCCCGAUCUGAAGUGUAGCCGCCCCCUUUAAGAAAACUCUUGGUGCUAUGAAACACUGACCAGACACUUGCCAACUUGACCUCUUUCCUCAAAAGGAAACUUUAAGAAAAUGCAAAGAGUUACUAUUAUUGGUCGUGCCCAGAAGUCACCCAGGGUGAAACUAUCCAGAAGUCACCACUUCCCAGGAGAGACAAGUGAAGCAGGAAGAGAAAGAAUUUGCAGACAUGAAGAAUGUUUGUGCCUCCUGAUGGAAAGUGCACACAAAGAGGACACAGUUGGUCCUUUGGGAGCAAAUGUGGCCACCUUGAUGUUUCAAGCUUACAGAAGUGAAAUAAUAGCACUUGGGUUGGCAAAGCUUCAUGGAAUCCUGUGUCUAGGCCAAAGAUGGGGAAGCUGGUAUGGAGAAAGCACCCCUGAGAGUUAAUUUGGCUUCUAAGCUUUGGAUAGGACUCCUUCAAGCUCCUCACUGUUGGUUUCACUCACUUUAAUUGUAAAAUAAGGGGUCUGGUGACCACUCCCAUGUUUUCCUGAUGGUGGACAAUUGGCUAGGGCACUGGCCAGAAUUGGCAAAUUUGUGCCUCCAGGAUUCUGCCUCUGAAAUAAAUUGCAUUGAGCGUAUGUGUGCAUGUGACAUGCCUGGCAUGAAAAGGUGCUCAAUAAAUCCUAGUUUCCUUCUCCUCA